CUGAUGAAUAAAAUUAAGCUCUCUCUCUCUCUCUCCCCUCUUUCUCUCCCCCUCCUUCCUCCCUCCUCCCCCCUCUCUCUCGCGCACUAUAAAGCCGCAACAGCUGAUCUCGUGCAUCACAGAGAGCCGCAACUCCGCACGAGAGAGGAGGAAGAGGAGGAGAGAGUGAAGCCGAGAGUUGGAGAGGAGACGAUGAAGAUGACGGUGGCGGUUGCGGUGAGCCGUUCCGGUCUUCCAAAAUGCAGUUUUUAGGAACAUUUUCUGAGCAAUAUUUUCUGAGGACAUUUCGAGUUUGUGAUAUCUGUGAAGCUCAAGUCUUGCGAGGCGUCUCGUGGACUCUUUAAACCUCCCAUUUUCCCACUUCUUUCUGUGUCUUUUUUGACCCAAAAAACAUCGCAGUUUUGUCCACUCACCUGCUUUGGGAUUUCCACCGGAGUGUGUCGCUCGAUUUUGCAACCGUGAAACCGUUUUUUCCUUCCUCCCUUUUCUUCUUCCACCGGAGCUGAACGGUAACGGGAGGCUCGCGCUGUGAGACGGAGCUGUCCGGUGCUGAACGCGCGAGCCCAGCACAAGGGGGGAGCUGUCCGCGUGCUGCUCAACACCAUGUCUGUUUUGGGAUAAAAAGCGAACAAAAAGGACAAAAGGACGAUUUAAAACGGAAUAGCCACGCAGGAGCUGAUUUAUAUUUUUUAUUUUUGACCCUCUACAAACUCCACAGGUCUUCCUCUGGCGACUUAACGGAAUGAAAACGGACCAUUUCUCAGCCAAACCUUCAUUUAGCGAACAUCAAUAAUACCCGGCAUGCUAAAAAUAGAGAAGCACUCGAGGUGGUUUGUUUAAUCUUUGACAAAAAAAGAAAAAAAAAGAAGAAGAAGCCAUGUCUCCACUUUCGAGGCUGUUUGAUGGAAGGAAGAACCUUUAGUGGCUGAAACGAGGGAGUAAAUACCAGAAAAAAAAGUAGAUUGAGUGAGUUUUAAAGUGAGUUAGAGAGAAGAAACAGCUCCAUCAUGCCCCGGUCCUUCUUAGUGAAGAAAGUGAAACUGGACGAUUUCUCGGCUGCUGAGCUGGAGAGCUCUUAUGGUCACAGCCGAAGAGAAGAGCUCAGUCUGCGAUUCCAUCAUCAUGACAAAGGCUACGUCAGCGAUUAUCUGAGCCCAAAUCCUUACGAUGACGUGGUGGGAAGCGACUCGUCGGUCAUCUCCAAAGUACCCUCCCCGAGCCACUCGUCGAUCAUCUAUGGCAGUAUCGACAACACCUACUCCGGCAUCCACGGUGACAUCCACGGCGACUCGGACCAGCCAGACAGCCCGCGGUCCGAGGUGUCGUCAUCAGCCGGCGGGUACAUCAACGGGGACGCGGCCGUGAGUGAGGGAUACGCGGUAGAUGCGUUUUUCAUCAUGGACGGACGGUCGCGGAGGAAAACCACGCCGAACCCGAGAGGAGCCGCCCAGAGGCACACCUGCAGCGAGUGCGGCAAAACCUACGCCACGUCCUCCAACCUGAGCCGGCACAAGCAGACGCACAGGAGCAUAGACAGCAAGAUGGCCAAGAAGUGCCCCACGUGUGGGAAAGUUUACGUCUCCAUGCCCGCCAUGGCCAUGCACUUGCUGACCCACGACCUCAAGCACAAGUGCGACGUGUGCGGCAAAGCAUUCAGCCGGCCGUGGCUGCUGCAGGGCCACAUGCGCUCGCACACGGGCGAGAAGCCGUUCGGGUGCGCGCACUGCGGGAAGGCGUUUGCUGACCGGUCCAACCUGCGCGCUCACAUGCAGACACACUCGGCCUUCAAGCACUACAAGUGUAAACGGUGUAACAAGACGUUUGCGCUCAAGAGCUACCUGAACAAACACUACGAGUCAGCCUGCUUCAAGGGGGCUUUCUCCCCUUUGAGCUCACUGGGGGAAUGAUGGAUGGAUUCCUAAACCUUAACUUGGGGUUUAUUUAAUUUAUUUACAUCAGAGUUGUCUGAUUUCUUUCUGCUUUGCCCCCAAAAGAAGAACCUACAAGGGAGGAGUGUUUUCUCUGCAAGGAUCAUGAGGUAUACGACAAAAAUAGUCUAAAAGACACGUCUGUUUUUAUCAAGAACUCUCUCCUUUUGUGCCAUCUCCCCUCAUCUGGAAGUCGAGUGAAAAGUUUUCAAUGCCUGAUUUAGAUUGUCACCUGCUUCGAUAAGAUGUGUCCCCUUGAGGCUGUUUUAAAUAUCUGUGAAGAUAAAUAAAGCACAGCACAUCUAGAUCAUAAUUUCUGAAGAUACCUAGAUCUAUUUAUGUCCAUAUCUAUCUUCAUCAUUCUGUUUUCUGUUCCAACCCACGAGGAAACGACACUGAAGCACAAUUGCUCUUCCAUCUCUCUGUCUUUCUGUGACAGGCGUUUCACAGAGUUUAAAGCAUGAAUCACAACAUCAGUUUUUCUUGCAAAGAGAUUCAAUGAACUUUCCUAUUUUAUGCUUUUUUAGAAACAAACAUUGGUAAUCUAAGGACACAUCCGGUGUCCUGCUUUUAGUGAAACUGACUUUGGACUGAACUUACAUGGAGAUAAAGCAUCAAAACAAAGAAAGCACACAGUAUUUUGUUCUCUGCAAGUAAACAAGAUACUUUCAUUUACACUAUUGUACACCUACAGUAUGCUGUAUGCUGUUGACAAACCACAAUGAACUGUGAAGAAAACAAGGUGCAGCAAAGUACACCGCGUAGUGGGAAAUUAGGAUUUUUUUGGGGUGAAAUUUCUUUAAACCACGGGCAUAGGAUUUGUUUACUUAUCUUCAAUGUAAUGCUGGCAUUUGUGCUUUACUUGACAGUAAACAGUGGAGAGUGUGAAGGAACUGGGAAGACAAACUGGGCUACCAGUUCAGGAUCAGACAGCUGAGAACUCCCACUGAGCCACCAGGGUAUUCCUUAACGGUGUUUUCCUACAACCCAAAUCUGACGUUAUUUAUUUAUUUAUUUAUUUAUUUAUGUCACUGUCAACUGAGGAUCGAGACGUUAAAAAAGUCCUGAUUUUCCUCAAAAGGUCAAACCUUUUUUCAAAUGUUGUAAGAUAAUUUAGCUCAGUAUUCAGCUUUGUCAUCUUUUUUAUAUGUCUAUUUAUUUCCUGACUUAUUUCUGUAUUUAUUUAUUUAUGGGUUUUUGUAUUAAUUUGCACUUUACUUUCUUGUAAUGUUUUUUGCCUUUGUUACAAAUAUGCCAAAGCAUUUGACACUUUCUAAUUACCGAAUACCUUUUUACUUUUGUCUGCCACUUUAAUUAUAAAAACUACUGCAUGCAAAAAAAAAAAUAACAAUAGCCUAAUAAUGGAAUCUAUGCCAAUUUUAUGAGUCUUUGGGAUAGUUUGCCAAAUCCUCUUAGAUAACCGGCAAAUUAAGCAAAUUUCUGUCUUGGGCAAUAUUUCAUUCAUAUCUGAUAGAGCAAUAAUGCAUGAUAUUUUUGAAGAAACGUGAGUCAUAACUGCUUGUAACAUCUUGAUUUUUUUCAAGUACCACUAUUCUAUGUAGUUAUGAGAAAGGAAAUUUCAGGGAGUUAGCGAACCAAGUUAGUGUUAAAUAACGGAGGGUUGGGUUCAGAGCUCUAAAUUUACAAGAAUUGUGACGCUGCUGUGAUUCUGUGAGGCUUUAUCCAGUCACGACAUUUUUUUAACACUCAUUCAAAGAUCAAAUUCGAAUGAGCGGAGUCGGUUUUUCAAUUUUCCAACCUCUGCUGUGUAAUACCAUCCAAAACAAUUGCCUCCUAGUUACAAUUAUGUCUUGGCAUCAUUAGUUUACGUCUGCACGAGCAUUCGGAGCUGCUGGGGCUUCCAGGGAUUCACACAGAUGGCUCAACUCCUUUAGAUGGAGGGCUCUGGGUUGGGUUGGGACGGGUCUUUUUGUACAUGGUUUAUGCACUGCCUGCCUUGUAUUAUUAUUCUAAAAUAUUGUAGAAAGUAGAAGGUACUGCUGUAGACCUCUGGUGCUGAAACAUGGACGGAAACCCAGAAUGAGAACGUUUUGGUUUCAUAUUCUCAUCGCCAAAUACGGGAAAAAUGACUUCCGGUCUUUUCCUUGACUCUCAGUAGUCCUUGAACGCAUCCAUACUUGGCCCUUGUGAAAAUUUUCUCCUAUGAGUUGGUCUAAAUUAGCGAGCUCUCUUCUCUGAAUCUAAUCAAAAGAUCAGCUUUGCUCAUGGGCUCGGCAUGAGACAUUAACUCACAAACUCCAUGUGAGGACUCCAGAGCCAACACCACUCAUUAAAGCCCCCUGCACUAUUUCAGUUGUUUUUGUUUUCAUCAUCUCUGGCAGUUGUGAGUUUGAUGGGGCAAUUCCCAAUGCAAUUAAAAGGAUUGUUGUGAAAGGAGAGAAGACAUUUGGUCGAUAUUUCAGCACCAGAGUGCAUCGCCGAACACUUAGAUUCUACUAUGAACUACUGUAGCCUACUAUAGCCACAAUCUAGUUUACCUAUUCUUAUAUAAAAGCACUUCCUCUUACCUGACAUCUUAGAAUUAUAUCCUACAAUUGUUUUUUUUUUCAAAGAUAGUAGCACAAAGAAAGAGUUUAGAUUCAGGUAGAAAAUGCCUUGUAUGUAGAAAUAACCUCUUUCUCAUUUUUCUACCAUGACGAAUCAAAUACAACAAAACAACAAAGAUGCUGACACAACGCUGGCUGCGUUGUCCUUAAAUAACACCAGAAAAUCCAGUUAAAAAUGACAUCUUCAGUAUAUGCCAUGUCAUUUUUAACACAAAGCAUCUACUGUACACCACGCCUUUUAUAAAGCAAAUGAAAAACUCGACUAUUUUGCGGCAAGAGGUCUUGUAAAUAAGCACUGAUGUGACUUUGGAGUCUGAUUAUUUCUACAGAUCUGUAUAGAGUGACAAUGAUGAUAAUGACGAUGACGACGAUGAUGAUGAUGAUGAUUAAUUUUUCUGGAGCUUCCUGCUUUGUUUUGAGUUCUUCCUCAGAGGUUUUUUUUGGGGGGGACCUCCAGUGGCCGGUUUGAAACAAUGUAAAGCACAAAGACAACACUGGGCAUUUUGUUUCACUUCCUAAAUAAAAACAACUUUGAAAAAAUAA